AUGCGGGAGGAUCAGUACGGUCUGGGGAGGAUCAAGUGCAGUCUGGGAGGAUCCAGGCACUGGGGAGGAUUAAGUGCAGUUUUGGGAGGAUCAAUGCGUUCUGGGGAGGAUCAGUACGUUCUAGGGAGGAUCAGUGCGGCCUGGGGAAGAUCAGUACGGUCUGGGGAGGAUCAGUAUGGACUGGGGAGGCUCAGUACGAUCUGGGGAGGAUCAGUACGGUCUGGGAGGAUCAGUACGGUCUGGGGAGGACUAGCACGGUCUGGGAGGAUCAGUACGCACUGGGAGGAUCAGUACGGUCUGGGAGGAUCAGUACGGUCUGGGGAGGAUCAGUACGGUCUGGGAGGAUCAGCAUCACUGGGGAGGAUCAGAGACGUCUGGGGAGGACUGGUGACGGCUCGGGGAGGACUACGGUCUGGGGAGGACCAGUGCGGUCUGGGAGGAGACUGGGCACGUCCUGGGAGGAUCAGUACGGACUGGGAGGACUACGGUCUGGGGAGGAUCAGUGCGGGGGAGGAUCAGUACGGUCUGGGGAGGAUCAGUACGGUCGGGGAGGAUCAUACGGACUGGGGAGGAUCAGUACGGCUUGGGGAGGACAGUGCCAGCUCUGGGGAGGACUGUACGGUCUGGGGAGGAUCAGUACGCACUGGGGAGGAUCAGUACGGUCUGGAGGAUCAGUACGCACUGGGAGGAUCAGUACGGUCUGGGGAGGAUCAGUACGGUCUGGGAGGAUCAGUGCGGCCUGGGGAGGAUCAGCAUGGUCGAGGAUUAGCAGGCCUGGGGAGACUAUACGGUCUUGGGAGGACUGGGCACCUGGGGGAGAAUCAGUACGGUCUGGGGAGGAUCAGCACGUCUGGGGAGGAUCAGUGCGGCUCUGGGGAGGAUCAGUGCGGUUUGGGAGGAUCAGUACGCACUGGGGAGGAUUAG